GAGGGGGAGGAGGAGGAGGAAGAGGAGGAGGAGGAGAAGGAAGAGGAGGACAGGAGGAACAGGAGGAGGAGGAGAAGGAAGAGGAGGACAGGAGGAAGAGGAGGAGGAGAAGGAAGAGGAGGACAGGAGGAAGAGGAGGACAGGAGGAAGAGGAGGAGAAGGAAGAGGAGGAAGAGGAGGAAGAGGAGGAAGAGGAGGAGGAGGAGGAGAAGGAGUAUCAUACUCCUGCUCGUCCUCCGUCUUCAUCCCCAGUUACUGCUGCUGGAGCCCCUGCAGGCGUCCGCCGGGCCCAGCUCUUCGCACUGGCUAUGGUCGUCGUGAUUGCCUUGCUGGGGUUGGGGUUGCGACAGCAGCAGCUGGGAUUGGGACUAGGAUUGGCACCUGAGAUCCCGUCCCACGUCUUGUCGUCGUCUGCGGCUUCGAGGAUAAUCCACAGACGUUGGCUGAUGACCCUCUUCGACGCAAGAACCGGCACGGACGUCGGACGGGAUCUAAGGUACCACUGGGAGCGGGACUUCCCUACUCUUGUCCACAGGAGUGGAGGGCCAACCUCUCUUGUCAUCGACAGCGGACGUGGGAUGGGAUCUCUGGUACCACUGGGACCGGGACUUGCCAAAUAUGUUCCAGUCGCUAGAGCAAGGAAACUGCAGAGCAAUCAAGUCGUUAAGGAACCGGAGGAGGAGGAGGAGGAGGAGGAGGAGGAGGAGUAUCCAGCCAAUGAUAGGAUGUUGCGCACUGUUGGUGAUGCAAAGAAAGGAGGAAGGAAUAGAGAAAAAGAUCGAGGAGGAGGAGGAGGAGGAGGAGAAAAUGAAAUAGGUAGAGGAGGAGGAAGAGGAAGAGGAGUAGGUAUAGGAAGAGGACAAGAAAAUGGAGUCGCAGGGGUAGUAACUCUAGUAGGGGUAAGAGGAGAGGGAGAAGGGCACGAUGAUUGGGAGCUCUUGAUUCCGUUCCAAUCGGACGACGGUAGAACGAAGCCUGAGUCCGCAUACCGGUACGGUGAGAGGACGGAAUACUCAGUGAUGGGGAAAGGGAAAGCAGAUGCAGAUGCAGGUCUACCCAUCCCGCUCUCAACUCGCAAGCUCGGUCCGAUUUUACGUGAACCUGUCCGUCCCUUACGCCCUCGGGGGCGUGACCUUCCCAUCCCGAUCCCAACCCGCACUCUGACUACUCUGUCACCUGAUCCUGUCCGUCUUCACGUACACCCACGUGACCGCCACCGUCAUAGGGGAUCUCCGGCCCAGGGUCUAGGUCUGUAUCUAGAACUGCUUCGAAACCGGGAUCCGGAUCGAAGUGGGAAGGAUAAAGGCAUAGAAGAGGACCGCGAUGAUAAUGACCAUUCUCGACGCCAUCCUCACGAUGAAGAUUAUCCCGACUCAGAUCAUGUCGCCAUAGCCACGAAGCUUGAGGGACAAAGCGCGUUCUUGUAUAUUUCUUCUGCCGAGGGUUUCGACGUCGAUCGAUGGCAGCAUGGCUUCUCCUCUUCUGUCAGAUCAGCAUCAGCACCAGAUACUUCACAUGCAGUGCUGCGGUUUGUGCCAUCCUAUUCUUCGCUUGCGGUGCGUCCGUCCUCGUUCCUCUCUCUCUCUUCCCCAACGAAGUCGACAACGUCGAACAGGCACGAUGAUAAUGAUCGUUCUUCUCCACGUUCACCGAUUCCGACUCGAGAUUCGCUUGAGCUCCUCUUGUCUUCGCAGCCAUCUCUGAGGAGGAGGCGGCGGCGGAGGAGUAGAACGAUGACGAGUAGGCAGACGACGAACAGCGGCCGUCGGAUGCUAACGGCGAUGGCGAAGCCGCGGGGAGGGGAAAGUAGCCGGCUCGAGGGGAAAGCGGGUGAGGGCGAUUUGCAGCGCCGGCCAUGGCGUAGGGAUCGAGAUCCCUACUGCAGCCAUCUUACGGCAGCUGAAGAACAGCCACCACGCACGAUCACGACUUCUUUUCGCGGGACGACAACAGCAUUGGCUUCGGCACCCCUCCGAGUUCUCACGACGUGGACGAGGUCCGGAUCCCGGCGCCUGCUGAGCUCUCCCUCGUCACACGGACACCAGUUGUCGACCCAUGCAGCAGCGCCACGUCCACGGAAGAAAGGGAAAAAGUUUCCCGUGGCGCUUCUGGUGUCUGUAUUGCCAAUCGCCAUCAUUCUUUGCAUCUUUUCAGGUAUCUGUAGACUCUUGAUGCAAAGCUCGGAAGAUCUAGCGGGUGAAGUUGGAUUCGGUGAGGGAGGUGGUGCUGUAGGUAAAGCAGCAGGAGACGGAAGUGACGAUACUGAUGGGGGUAGAAAGGAAGGUGAAGGUGGAGGUGGAGGUGGAGGUGGAGAGAGAGCGGGCGGGGAGAGCGAGAAGGAAACCAAGACCUGAGGCAAUGUCAAGGGUGGGAGAUAUCAAUCGAGAAAGAGAAAAGGGCCACAAAUAGCACUGGACAUGCGUCGAGUGGAAGGUCACUGUUGAUAGAGGAGGUUCGUGUGGUCACUUAGUGUGGGGUGGCUGUUAAUGACGAUCAUGGUGUAUACUCUGUGUAGAUAGCGAGAAGGAGUUGGUCAAAAUAAUGUGAAGAUAGUCUGAUCGCAGACUAGUUGACUGCUGUGAGCAGGACGGCGUAGGUGGACAGCGCGUUGGUUAAUCGAGGGUCUGUAGAGCAUGCAGUCGCCAGUUACAUUAAUGCUGCGGAACGACGGUGUACGUCCAGGUGGAGGGUUGGGCACUUAUCCGGAGGAGCAGUACCACACUCACAUCUAUCGGGAAACGAGUCGAGGUGCGUGAGAAGGACGUGGGAACGCCGGUAUGACGUUCAUCUCUCAGAUGCAUGCAUGCAUGCAUGCGUGGACGUGCGGCAUGCAUGGAUGCAUGGAAAUGCGUCAAGGUACGUGCGCAGGACGUGAAAACGUUCGUAAUAUGCAGUUCACGUCUGGGAUGCAUGCAUGCACGUGCGGCAUGCGGGCCUGCUUGCACGUGGGAGCGAAAUGCAUGCAUGCAUGUAAGUGUAACGGGUAAACGAAGUGGACAGGGAUGUGAGCGUGCAUGAGUAUCGUGAGGGUGGAGAGGUGUGGAGGCCGGAAUGAAAGCCCAUGGUUUGC